CUCUCCUACAUAUUAUCCCGUGAUUCACUCAAACAUUGUUUAUGUGGAUCUCCAACUGGCACAGACUGACCUAUAUGGACUGGAGAGUUCACACACGCGCGCGAUACAUGUCAACCACAGCCACACAGUGGUUCAUACAUAAUAUGUUUCAGACAGUGAGUGCGGGCCAUUGACUGAUCAUGGUCGCGCCGACUGUUUAUACGUGCCUGUGUCUAGGCUCCCUGCUGAUCCAGUCCGUACAAGUGGCGGGCUUGGAAGUGACCGUACAGCCAGACCAUGUGGUGUCCGUGACCAGUGAGAGGUUUGUCAGUAUCACGCUGGAUGCAGGCAAUCUUGUGAACCAUUGGAAGGGUUUCGACCCCAGGUCGUCACUGGCAAUCACGUUGGCCAAAGCUCUCUACCCUGCCUACCUGAGGGUCGGAGGGACAUCAGGGGACUCCCUCAUUUUCAGUACUGGAAACAAACUUUCAGACAAAGACUUUCCUAACAGCACACUGUCUACCACAGAAUGGGAUGAGCUGAACCAGUUUGCCAUACAGGCCAACCUAAGUCUGAUUUUUGGUCUGAACAGCCUGUAUCGUCCUGGAGGAGUCUGGGAUCCAGCAAAUGCCAUUGAACUAAUGAAGUACUCAACUGACAGGGGUUAUGUACUGGAUCUUGAGCUAGGCAAUGAACCUAAUAUAUACCCACACAAAUAUAACAGGUCUGUGGAUCCGCAGCAGUUAGGGCAUGACUUUGGUAGACUGCGUGCGAUCAUGGACUCCAUGCCCACCUUCUCGUCACGCCUUCUGUUAGGCCCAGAUGUGACACAGGAUUUGGGGACCAGCAGUACAUACUUAGAGAACUUCAUGAAAACUGGGUCAGAGUAUAUCUCUGCCAUGACCUUCCACCAUUAUUAUAUGAAUGGACACAAAGCUACACGCCGGGACUUUAUAGACACAACCAGACUGGACAGUUUUAUCCCAGAUAUGACAUCUGCGCAGGAAAUUUUGCGUAACCUGUCUCGGGGCACGCAGAAAUUCUGGGUAGGAGAAACGAGUUCAGCCUAUGAUGGUGGUGUUCCUGGUGUGUCCAAUACAUUUAUCGCAGGAUUCAUGUGGCUGGACAAGCUUGGUCUGGCUGCAUAUUAUGGAGCGGAAGUGGUGCUAAGACAAGACUUUGUAGGUGGAAGCUAUGGACUGGUGGAGUACUCUGAUGGGGUCUUCAGUGUGAACCCGGAUUACUGGCUGACUGUUUUAUACAAGAACUUGGUAGGGCAAAUAGUUCUGAGCACAGGAAUAACACAGGAGAAACUCAGGGUCUACAGUCACUGUACCAGUAGUAGGUCUAGUUAUGGUCCUGGGGCAAUAACGUUCUAUGCGAUGAAUCUGUACAACACAUCCAUGAAUGUGUCCUUCCCCCAGUUUAGAGGUAUUGACCUGCAUGUUUACGAGCUGACGUCUGGUGACGAUACAACCUUGGUGACCAGGAAGGUGAAUCUGAAUGGGUAAACCCUUGGAGCUGAUAUCUGGACAGUUACCUCCCUUGCCACCGAAAAUUCUCUCAUCCCAAGUCCCUCUUCCCGCCAUUCUCGUUUGCAUUUAUCGUUGUCCCUAAUUCUGGGGCAGCUGCGUGUAUGGGAACCUGAGUUAAUGUGCUUUUCAUCAUCCAGUUUUGACAUAUUUGUGUAUGAAAAGAAUUUAUUUUUAAAAAAAAUCAUUCUUGAACAAGUAGUUGCACAUGUAUAACAUCAUUUCGAGUUAAAUUUUUUUCAAGAUGAUAUAUUUCCUUGCAUGAGAUGCGCAAGGUUGUACAUUAGUAUAUUUGUUGUUGAUUAUUAUAAAAUUGAUGUAAUGUGACAUUUAACCUUUAUUAUUUAUUUAUAUGUAUGUAAUUAAUAUUAAUAUUAGUUGUUUUGAUGGUCUCUAAAAUUGUUUGAGAUUUACACAAGUAAAUACAUUUCUUUCAUAAAUUAUAGAGGGGUAAAUAUGCUAUCAGCUGUUACCUUCUUAAAAAAGCCCUGCUGAUGUUAUUACCUCUGAUACUGCUAUAAAGGAUCAAUGGAUUUGUCUGUUAGUCUCAACUCAUGCAGGGGCCUCCGUGGCUCAGUCGCUUAAAGCGCUA